AUGAGCAUUGGCCUCUUGCUCAGCUUCAGUGAUCUCUUCGAUGGGAUCCCGCUAUUGCGGUUUCAUGGCCGGACUGCUCCCACCCACGUCUUGCUGUUGUUCGCCUCCGCAAAUGCCUUGCUAUUGCUCGCCGGCACCAAUACCUUGCUGUUGUUUGCCGGCACCAAUGUCAUGCUGCUGUUCGGCGGCACCAAUGUCUUGCUGGAGUUCGCCGCCGCCAGCGUCUUGCCGUUGUUCGCCAACGUCUUGCUGUUGUGUAUCGGCGCCAAUGCCUUGCUGUUCGCCGGCAUCAAUGUCUGGCUCUUCGUUGGCAACGAUGCCUUUCUCUUGGCCGCCGACGAGGUCUCUCUCUUCCGCGCCAACGAGGUCUCUCUCUUCCGCGCUAACGAGGUCUCUCUCUUCCACGCCAACGAGGUCUCUCUCUUCUACGCCAACGAGGUCUCUCUCUUCCGCGCCAACGAGGUCUCUCUCUUCUACGCCGACGAGGUCUCUCUCUUCCACGCCAACGAGGUCUCUCUCUUCCACGCCACCGAGGUCUCCUCGCCCCCACCGACGUCUUUCUCUUGGCCCGUCUCCUCUUGCGAUCCUUGUUCUGGAUCUGAGCCUAUACCUCGACUAUGGGCCAACAUGUCCAGAGCACCAGGGCUUGUAGAAGAUUCGCUGUCUCUGUCUUCGGCCGCUCUCUCGCCUUUCGCUGUUGACUGA